AUGGGCCGCGCGAUGAGAUGGCUCAAGAAGGUGCUCACCGGCAGCAAGAAGGAAGCGGACAAGGAUCGCAAGGCACACAAUGCCGCCGUGUGCGCCGGCGGCGGUCUCGGGCUGGGCCUGCCGCCGCCGGCGGAGAAGAGGCGGUGGAGCUUCGCGAAACCGAGGAACAGCGUGGCUGACGCCGGCCGGAGGCCCUCCUCCGUGACCGCCGUCGCCGCCGGGGAGCUUCUGUCGCAGGUGCGGCCGUGCAACUGCGGCCAGGAGCGCGAGGUCGAGGCCGCCGUCGUCAUCCAGAAGGCCUUCAGAGGCUACUUGGCUCGGAAGGCGCUCCGUGCUCUCAGGUCGCUCGUGAAGCUGCAAGCUCUGGUGCGUGGCUACCUCGUGAGGAAGCAGACCGCCAUGACGCUGCGCAGGCUGCAGGCGCUCAUGAGGCUCCAGGCCAAGACGGCGUCGUCUCGGAAAUCCGUUGAACAAGAGCGGAUCGUUGCGCGCGUGAAGCCACUGGCCGUGCCCGCGGUGCACCGCCGGCGGCUGUCCGACGGCGGGGACACCGGCUUGGAUCGCAGCCCGAGGAUCGUGGAGACGGACACGUGCCAGCUGCGGUGCCGGUCGUCCCGGAUCACGAGCCGGUACGCCGGCGACCAGCAUCCAGGCGCCUCGCCGCUCCUCCACUUCCACAAGCCGGCGUGGCGCCGCCUCCAGGAGCGAGAGCUGGAGCCUCCGCACCCCAAGACAACGCACAACACGCCCCGCGUCGGCGCGUUCCCGGGGUACCUCGGUUCUCCGGCGAAACCGGGGCGAAACCGGGACGCCGGGAGCAGCCCGCGGUACAUGGCGGACACGGCCUCGUCCGUGGCGCGCACCCGGUGCCAGAGCGCGCCCAGGCAGCGGCAGCAGCAGGGCGAGCACGCGGGGCAACAACAAGAGCCGGCGGCCGAGGUAAGGCCCAGCGUAGGCCGCAGUGGGUCGAGGAAGCUGGCGCGGCCGCAGCUGCAGGCGCUGGACAGCUUCAGCUUCAAGAGCUCGGAGGCCAGCCGCGUGGAGGGCUCGGAGCUGAGCGACGAGGUCACCAGAGACUACUACCUGGACUGGCUCUGGUGA